CGUGCAGUUGUAAACAACAUUAUAAGAUGUGACUACUCAUUUAUCACCAAUACCAAUAAUACCUGGUAUUCAUUUAUUUAGUGUUCAGUGAUCUAUUUUAUCACGUUCCAAAUCCCAAUACUUCUAUAAAUGUUUCAAUAAUAUUUUCAGAUGGGUAAACUACACCUGAAAAUGAAGAUGAAGAUGAAGAAAUGCCUCCGAGGGCACCUGCUGCUGAUAGCCACCGUCCUGUGUAUAGUGCUGGGGGUGACUAUCGGGAUGCUGUGCCGUCAGCUGUAUCCCUCCCCUGCCACGAUCAUGCUCAUUGGUUUCCCAGGAGAACUGCUCAUGCGAAUGUUGAAGCUACUUAUCCUACCGUUGAUAGUUGCCAGUUUAAUCACAGGAAUCGCAAAUCUGGAUGGCAAGUCAGCUGGUAAAAUGGGUGUCGUGACGCUCGCCUACUACAUCAGCACCACCGUCGUGGCCCUGAUUGUCGGCCUCACACUCGUCCUCGCCAUCAGACCAGGACGGGGAAACAUGAUGCAGUCCACCACACAGGAGGCUGGAGCAGCUCCCCAUCUCUCUCCCAAGGAUGCUUUUCUGGACCUCCUCAGAAACGUCGUCCCGGAAAAUAUCCUACAGGCAGCCAUUCAGCAAACAGGGACAAAGUAUGUUUACAUGGACAGAAGUGUCGUGAAUAAUUCCCAUGUCGUACAGGGACCUGGAAGAAAUGCUUCUUUUGAGGAUAUACUAACCCCCAAUACCACCGGACUGAGGCCACAGAGCCCGGCACACUGGGAACAGAAGAGUGUUUAUGUGACAGGGAUGAACACAAUCGGGCAUCAGGGCAUACAUUUCCGCAGUAAUGGGGAAAAUUGA